AGCAAAAGAUUCAACUAAAUUUCAUCCAAAAUAUUCAAAAUAUUUACGUGGGCCAUUUCCUUAUGUUUUACCAUAUACAAAUAUAACAUAUAAUGAUAUAGAAAAUUUCUAUACAAAUAUUUUAGUUAACAAAAAAAGAGAUACUCCAAUAAUUCAAACAUCAUUUGCAAAUAAUAUUACAUUUGAAAAUAUACCUUAUAUAUUUCAACAAGGUAUGUGGCAUCCUCUUGGAAUUACAUCAAUUCAACGUACAGCUAUAUUAGUUCCAUUACAAAAUCGAGAAUAUAAUGCUAAAACAUUUUUGUUUAAUAUGCAUGCAUUUGCUAGACGACAACAACUUACAUAUACUAUAAUACUUAUCGAACAGGCUUCUCCACUUGAUCAUCGUUUUAAUAAAGGUCGAUUAUAUAAUACUGCUAUUAAUUAUCUUGAAAAACAAUCUUUAAAUAUAACAUGUCUUGUAUUACAUGAUGUUGAUUUAAUACCUGAAGAUGAUGGAAAUUUUUAUACAUGUGAAACAAAAUAUCCAAAACAUACAACAUCACGUGUUCGAGAACUUAAUAAUAAACGAGGUUAUAUUCGAUAUUAUGAAUUUUUAAUUGGUGGUGUUCUUUUAUUAACAUUUGAUAUGUAUAAAACACUUAAUGGAUUUUCAAAUUUAUAUUGGGGUUGGGGUGGAGAAGAUGAUGAUUUAGCAUUAAGACUUAUUCAACAACGAAUGUGUAUUGUUAGACCAAUAUAUGAAUUAGCUAUUUAUACUGGAUUACCUCAUCCACGUGGUCCACGAAAUAAUGCUCGUUUUGGUUUAUUAACAUGGUCAACUCUUCGUCUUCGUACUGAUGGUUAUGCACAAAUUGAAUCAUUAACACGAAUUAUUGAUAUACAUCAAACAUUAACUGUAACUUAUUUGAAAUUAGAUGUUAAUCUUGAUAAAACUCUUAAUAAACAAUAUUCAAUGGGAAAUAUUUCUUCUUUAUUAAAUACAAUCAAUGUUCAUAUGACUUCAACAAUUAAAACUAUUAUAAGAACUAAAACGAUAAAAGAAUCGUAA